AUUGGAGCUGAGGACCGCUUAAAGCGGUGGAAUCCCGCCCACCCUGCACAGCCCGAGAGGCUAGACCCUCCACAGGAACCAGCAAGAAAAGAGCAUCAUUUCAGGGAUCCCAUAGAAUCCAUGGGAGACCUCCAUACUCGCACUUUCCAGCUUCAAGAUGACAAAACCCCUUACUUUGUGCGCACCAAAGCUGGAGCCCUUUGCUUCAGGCAGGGGACAGAGGUAGCUACUCCUAAAGAGUACUAUGGAAAAUCAGGGGGGUCUGCGGCUAACGGAGCAGUUGGUCGGGCUGUUGCUGCCGGGCAACGGAAACCUCUGGAGCUCCAGCAGCAGCCCACCAUUGUGCCAAAGGUCAAAGCUCGGGCCAAGGGCAACGGGAAGCGGCUGGUCAAGUGCGUUUGUCGGCCUGGGUGGCACGGACCUUACUGCGGGGUUCCCACAAUGGUGUACCACUCCAAUCUGCCAACUAAGGAGCGGCUGACGCCCAGAGAAACCCCGCGGAGGGUGAUCAACGCCAUCAACGUCAACCACGAGUUUGAUCUGCUGCACGCACGCUUUCAUGAGCUCUCAGAGGCCGUGGAUUUGUUCCUUGUGUGCGAAUCGAACUUCACCGCCUACGGAGAGAAACGGCCUCUCAG